UGGGGUCUUUUGUUCAGAAUGUAAUGCGACUCCUUAGUUACAGGUGAAGGUUGGUGACACAAAAGUGUGACAAGUCUGCAAUGUCACCUCUCUCCGGCACGGUGACAUCUGACUAAUGACAUGCUUGGUUGGGAUCCAAAGAAACACAAAUAAUGGGGAAUACAAAAAGUAAAGCCAAUGGAAAGGAUCAAGUGGAUGGCAUACAGCAUCACCACCAAGCCAACUUACAUCAGGCCAAUUUACGUUCCCCAUACCGACCCAUGACUGCCGAUGCCAAGAAAAAGAAGAAGACUACCCCACUUGUCCUGGAUGGAGCCAAGAUUGGUGACCUUAAUUCCUGGGUUUCAAAACAUAUUAAGAAAAAAGAGUGCGUUGUUUUCAUCCCACAAGAGUCUAGCAAUGGGGAGACCUGUGGAUGUGGUUACACCAGAGAAUUCCAUGACAUCUCAAGUAUUUCUGUACCGCCUGAAACCAAGUGGGACCCUCACAAGCAUGUCACAGAAUUUCCCAGCGAUUCACAUGGGGACAUGACAUUUACAGGAACCACCAGGACCUGGGCCAAGUAUGUGCGCGCAUCCUGCGACACUCCUCCAAGAAGAUUAUUUCAGCUGAUGACAGAGCAGUGGGAGCUUCGUGUACCAAGUCUUCUCAUAUCUGUGACAGGAGGAGCCAAAAACUUCAACAUCAGUCCAAGGCUGAAGACCCAGUUUAGUCGGGGCCUUGUGAAUGCUGCACAAAGCACAGGGGCCUGGAUCAUCACAGGCGGGUCUCACGCUGGGGUCAUGAAGCACGUAGGGGAAGCCGUACGAGAUUUCAGUGGAGGCGAAAAAGACUCUGAGAUUGUCCUGAUAGGCAUUGCCACCUGGGGCAUCGUCCACAACCGAAAAUCACUACUCAGCGAAGCGGGGGGAGCUCCUGCCCUGUACCCCAUGGAUGAAGGAUCACAGGGGAGGCUGUGCUGUCUGGACAACAAUCACACACACUUCAUACUGGUGGAUGAUGGGACACAUGGACGCUAUGGGGUGGAAAUCCCACUGAGAACUCGCCUGGAGAAAUUUAUCUCUGAACAGACAAUGCAAAGAGGAGGAACCGCCAUUAAAAUCCCCAUAGUGUGCGUGGUGCUGGAAGGAGGUCCCGGAACAUUGGACACCAUCUACAGUUCAAUGUGUAACAACACACCGUGUGUCAUUGUGGAGGGAUCUGGUCGAGUUGCUGACAUCAUAGCACAAGUGGCGAAUCUUAGUUCCUCCAGGAUUACCAUCAACCUCAUUAAGGAGAAGCUGCAAAAUCUUUUCUCUGAGUCCUAUGACAGUUUUACAGAAGAUCAAAUUAUCAUGUGGACCAAGAAAAUUCAAGAUAUUGUCCGCAUGGGGUCUCUGCUCACUAUCCUCCGAGAGCAGAAGGCUGGCGAUCAAGGGAUGGAUGUGGCAAUCCUGCAAGCUUUGCUGAAAGCCUCCCACAAUGCUGAUCACAAUGGCCAAGAGAACUGGGACCAUCAGCUGAAACUCGCCGUAUCCUGGAAUCGGUCAGACAUUGCUGAGACUCAGAUCUUUACUAAAGACUGGACCUGGAAGCCCUCCGAUCUGUAUCCCAGCCUGACGUUGUCAUUAAUUGAAGACAAGCCUUCAUUUGUGCGCCUGUUCCUGGAGCGUGGAGUCAAUCUGGCGGAGUACCUCGAUAGGGACACUCUCACCGAAUUGUACAACAGUACAGACCCAUCCAGUUUGAUUCACAGCAAACUUGAGAGGGAAGCCACAGUGGAGGGAUCAAAGGAAGUUGUUGUAUCUACCAUAGAACUUCAUCACGUCUCCCGUGUCCUACAGGAUCUUCUGGGAGAUCUAACCGAGCCCCUAUACCGAGAUGCAAAGCGUAAGCUAAGGAACCUGGCGCAUGUCAACAUCAAGAUAAAUGGGAAAGUGGGAGCUAUGAAACACAAGAACUCCCAGAAGUUGAAACACCCUGUGAGGGAUCUUCUCAUCUGGUGCAUUGUGCAGAACCGAGCAGAGAUGGCAGACAUCAUCUGGAAUCUGACUCAGGAUAGUGUAGCUGGAGCCCUGGCCUGCACCAAGAUCCUAAAGGCUCUCUCUAAGGAGGAGGAAGACUCUAAGGAAAUCGAGGACAUGACAGCACUUGCCGACCUUUAUGAGGAACGAGCUGCAGGAGUGUUCUCUGAAUGUUAUCGUAGUGAUGAGAAACGGGCAGAACUUCUUUUGAUCCAUGUCUCCCACAAUUGGGGAAGGACCACCGCCCUGGAAUUGGCUCAAAGUUCUCAAGCUCUGUCCUUUAUGUCACAAGGAGGUGUCCAGACAUUCCUCACAAGGACCUGGUGGGGGAAACUUUCCGUGGACAAUGGCUUCAUCCAGCUUUUGCUGUGUAUGAUGCUCUUCCCUCUAAUCUACAGCAACUUCAUCAUCACCUACAGGAAAGGCUUUACAAAUGUUCCCUCUUUCCUUGAUGGAAGUCGGAGAAAUCGAAGUAUCCGCCAAGAUACCAGAAUCAAAUCGAAAGGACUUAAACCGUACAGCUGGUUCUGGAAGCUUCAAGCUUUCUUCACUGCUCCGAAUGUGAAAUUCUAUUAUAACGUUGUGUCAUACGUUGGAUUUUUGUGGCUUUUUGCAUAUGUUCUGACAACUGACUUCCAGACCUAUCCAUCCUGGAGGGAAUAUUUAUUGUACGUUUGGGUCUUCUCCAUCUUUACUGAGGAGCUACGUCAGCUGUUUUAUGACCCGGAGCGUCGUGGCUUUUUGAAGAGUUCUGCCCAAUACAUUUCAGAGUUUUGGAACCAGGUGGAUUCGCUGGCUUUGACGUUAUUCGCUGUUGGGCUGAUAUGCAGAUUGGUUCGGACAGACAUUGACACUGUCUAUCUGGGUCGGGUGUUCCUGUCUGUAGACUUCAUGAUAUUCUGCAUCCGCCUCAUGCACAUCUUUUCGGUCAGCAAAGUUCUUGGUCCUAAGAUUAUCAUCCUCCAGAGAAUGGUCAAAGACAUCUUCUUCUUCCUCUUCCUCCUGGCUGUGUGGAUUGUGUCGUACGGAGUGGCGAAGCAGGCGAUUCUAACCACCAACGAAGAAAGGUUGGGGUGGAUUUUCCGCAACGUGAUCUAUGGACCCUACCUCACCCUCUUUGGUCAAAUCCCAUCAGAAAUAGAUAGUUUAAAUUUUGACACGACAAAAUGUACACAAAAUGGCACUGACCCGGGCUUGCCAAAAUGUGUCGUCAAUGAUGGAACCAACGCUCUGUUCCCGGAGUGGUUGACCAUAAUUCUUAUGUGCCUAUAUCUCCUCCUGGCUAACAUCCUUCUGCUCAAUCUACUUAUUGCAAUGUUCAGUUACACAUUCGCAGAUGUGGAAAGUCACACGGAUCAGGUCUGGAAAUUCCACCGAUUUGGUCUCAUUAAAGAAUAUAAUGAGCGUCCCGCGGCUCCUCCUCCAUUCAUCCUACUCACGCACUUACAUGAUCUUGUGAAACACGCAAUUUGUGGAUAUCCGGCCCAUGGCCACAAAGUUCUAAGGCGGGACCUAGACCAAGAACAAGAGGCUUCGCUGCUCUCCUGGGAGUCCUUCAUGAAGGACAACUACCAGCAGAUGAAGCAACAGCAAGAUGAUGAUAGCCAGGAGAAUCUGGUGAAAGGGACAGCUGAUAGUGUCUCCGCCGUGCUGCGUCUGAUGAAAAUUGAGAAGGGCAGCGAGGGAUACCAGCUGGAGGGAAGGCUUACUGAGCUGGAAAAGCAGAUGGAUCAGUCUACACACUUUCUGAAUUGGAUCAUCUCCGCCUUGAUGGAGAAAGGUUUCAGCAGUAAGACACGGCUAUUAGUCCACAGCAGUUCACAGGAAGAAAAGUUUGCAGCAGGCACAGAUGGACGGGCCGAACCGCACUGUCUGUACCACGUGAACUCUCGGAUCCUGCACUACCCGGGCUCUAAAAUGAACCGCUACCCAGUGCCUGAUGAGCUGGUGCCAUGGGAGGUGGAAUUCCCAGGAUAUAAUCCUCCCCUAUACAACGCUGAUAGGAAUGACCGCGGGACGUAUGACCCAAACACUGAGAUGGAGCAGAAGAGCCGCAAGUACAAUUCUGUAGACGGACUCUAUGACUUCCGCAGUUGUUGUGGCACCUAUACAGUCAAGGAUGGUUUGCCCCUAAACCCGAUGGGACGAACUGGACUGAGAGGAGUUGGGAGUCUACGGUGGUUUGGACCAAACAAUUCCUUGCACCCUGUACUGACACGGUGGAACAUGAGCUCAGCCAACGGAACCAUCCGAAAAGCAUCCAAGAAUAUGCUGGAAGUUCUGAUAGUGAGGAGGAGAGACAACGAGCUUUGGUCAUUACCGGGGGGCACGCUGGAUCCCGGACAGCAAAUACCCAUUAAGUUGCAGGCCCUGCUGAAGCACACAUACCUCGGCCAGUUUCUGGCAUUACUGGGCUCUGCGGAAGAGGUCUUCCACGGGUACCUGGAUGACCCUCGAAACACAGACAAUGCCUGGAUAGAGACUCUUGCUGUCAAUGUCCACCUGGACAAAAGCGAGGAUUUUGACAAUCUGAUGCAGAACCUGAAGGAAUCAGAUGAUGAGAUAACACUGCGGUGGCAACUCCUGGACCACAAGAUUCCUCUGUAUGCCAAUGAGAAGGAGAUUCUCCAGAGGACAGCCGAGCACCUCCAUGUCCAAUAUUAAUUUAUUGAUUAAAGCUGGUUUUAUUAUGGUCA